CGCCAAGGCACCGGAGGGAGAGGGAUGUCCUCGCUGCGGAGGGUACGUUUACGCCGCCGAGCAGAUGUUGGCCCGAGGAAGGGCUUACCAUAAACUGUGCUUCAAGUGCAAAUUGUGCCGCCGCACUCUGGACUCGACGCUUCAUUGCGAUGGUCCCGACCGCGAGAUAUACUGUCGAGCAAUGGCACAGGGAAUGCUUUAAGUGUGCCAACUGCUCGAAAAGAUUAGACUCCGUCAACUGCUGCGAAGGUCCUGAUAAGGACAUUUAUUGCAAAGUAUGCUACGGAAAGAGGUUCGGACCGAAGGGUUAUGGCUACGGCCAGGGUGGCGGCGCCCUGCAGAGUGACUGCUACGCCAAUGGCUUGCUAUCCGAAGAAAUUCGGUCCGCGGGGUGUCGGCCACGCCGGGAUUAUGUGGAUCGGGCUGCAGUGCGAUAUUGAGGACGAGGGGUACGCGCCCC